AUGUUGACCCCAUCUAUCAAGAAGAACAUGCAUUGGAUUGGGGUAGCGCUCCUUGCACUGACCCAAUCGGCUAUUUCGUGGGAGCUGAUCGCUCAUCGGGGUGUGUUCCAUGACCAACAAACCGUCUAUAACACCGCGGAAAACAGUCUUGAUGCCAUGGUCCAUGCAAUGGCCAUGAGAGGUGUCAAUGGGGUGGAGGUGGACAUCAGAGUCUCGAAAGAUGGCGUUUUGUUCGCCUUCCACGAUCCUAAUUUGAACGCAUUAACAGAAAAGGACAAUGCAGGAGGAACACUCAAUUGGGUGAAUGUGGCACUCAAGACCAGGGAGGCUCCGAAAGCAAUCCCCUUCUCGAGUCUCCCCGCCGAAGAUCUCGUUGGCACGCCCUUGAAGAUAUAUGGAAGGGGAGGCUACAUCGUCAACAGAGAGUCCGCCUCGGAUCCCGGGCUGGUCACGCUGGAAAAGUUGUUGGAAACUCUCAAGCCAGCUAACGCCCAGUUCACCAUCAUGCUCGAUGUUCAAGCCCCAUUCAUAGCGGAUAAGAGUGCAGCACUUAUCAGACGCAUGGGACUGCAACAUCAAGUCCGCAUCAAGUUUUGGGCUACCCUUGCCAUCGAUCCCAAAUUUACGGGCUACAACGGGGCGGAUACAUGUUACCGAUACGCUCGCGCACACGGAUGGGGUGGCAUCCAAAUCAUACCCGAAAUCAACGAAGUGAACCUCGUGAAAGGCACCGACAAGCUCCGUGUGUUUGGCACAACUCUGAGCGUUGGCGAGUACCUAGACUGCUGGGCCAAUGCUCAAAAAGACCACUCAGGCAAUGGAGCUGCUUUCAUGGAAUCAGUCAGUGCCAUGUACGGAAACGAUGUCAACCCCCCGACGGAGGCGGCGGCAAACCAAGCUUUCGACUGGGCUGAGAAGAACGGUCGGAAGAAGGUGUCAGUUGUUGUCCUGCCGGACGCCUGCACGUUCGCUGUUGGCAGACGUGGCGGUCGUAGGUUUUGGAGGGUAGACAAAGGAGUUGGGGGAUUCAGCCAGCAGCAAGAUCAAGUGACUCGCAGGUUAGCGUUCUGCGACAAAAGGGCAGACCAGUGCGUGAUAGACGUCAUGGGAGAUUUUGCGAAUUACAGGGCGAGUGCCGACUACGACAAUUACCUCAACUUUCUCUGCCCCUAUCAUGGAGCGAAGUAA